GGCGCAGACCCCGGACUGGCGGAUGACGCUGAAGACGAUCCGCAAUGGCGUGCACAAGAUCGACAUGUACCUGAACGCGGCCCUCGACCUGCUGGGCGGCGAGGACGGGCUCUGCCAGUACAAGUGCAGCGACGGAUCAAAGCCCAUUCCUCGCUAUAGGUAUAAACCAUCACCACCAAAUGGCUGUGGAUCCCCUCUAUUUGGAGUUCAGUUUGACAUUGGUAUCCCUUCAAUGACAAAGUGCUGCAAUCACCAUGACAGAUGCUAUGAUACUUGUGGCAAUAAAAAAAAUGAUUGUGAUGAGCAGUUUCAGACCUGCCUCUCAAAAAUUUGUAGAGAUGUGCAGAAAACGCUUGGAAUCUCAGAGAGUGUCCAGGCUUGUGAAUCAACUGUUCAGCUGCUGUUUGAUGCGGUUAUACAUUUAGGAUGCAAACCAUACCUGGAUAGCCAGAGAGCUGCUUGUAUGUGUCGUUACGAGGGCAAAACAGAUCUCUGAAGGAAGGCACUGAGAUCUCAUGGUGUAGAAUGGAGCCGAAGAUUCAGCCAAAAUGAAGCAAGGCUUUGGUUACAAACCUUUGCACUUUCCAGACAGUGAUAUAUUAAACACUAACGUGAAUUUACUGAU